GAGUCCCCAAGUCUUUCCCCACGCGCUGGGGGACGCACGGUCUGGAGAGCGCGGGCGAAGGGAACGCGUCCCCGCAACACUGACCCCCUCUGCAUUCUCAAAGCCGCGGAAGAGAGGGAGUUUCCCAGGUCUGGAGGAGUCUCCGAAGUCUCCGCCGAGGGGCGGGGCGCGACGCCACGCUGACACACCGGCCAGGAAUGCAGCCGGGCCACCCUGUCUCGCCGCCGGCCCACGGACCCGCCCGCCGCCCCACGCGCUGCUGUCCUGCUGGGAAGGGGCGUGGGCGCGGCCCCCAAAUCCCGGGCCCACGUGCCGCUGUUUACUAGCGCAGGGAGGGGUCGGCCGCUGCACCUCUGCCCCCCUCGCAGCCGUGGGGAAGACUUCCCACGAGGACCCUAAGUCCGCGAGGGCUUCCACAACGUGACCAACGCCACGCUCGGGGCUCCGGGGCCCGAGGCUCCUCCCCUGGCCCCGCGGCUCCUCCCCCUCCGUUUCCCGCUUCCCCCCGGACUCCCGAAGCUCCGCCUCUUGGCCCGUACUUCGAAGGCUCCGGUUCCUCGCGUUUCUCUAUUUCCUGACGCGGCUCGCUCCAGCCUCCCGCUUUCGCCGCGCCAGGGACUACCCAAGACACGCCCUAGCCUGGAGAGCACCACCGCGGCAACCGGGAUCCUUACCUAGCCCUUCCAGGGACGGUGCGCAGCGCUCUCCUGUCUCUUUAAGAGCGGGCCCGGCUGGGUGCCUGCCCCUCGGGAGCGUGCUGGAGGAAACCACGUGAGCACGUGCGGGGAAGCAGGCCCUCCGAGAUCCCGAGCGGCUCCCGGUCCGGACGGAGAACCGCUUCCUCCGGUAGCGGGUGCUCGGAGACCCGCCGCUCCUCUGCUGGGUGACGUUCCCAAGCGGAGCUCGGCCGGGUUCGGGACUCGAGUGACAGGGCCGGGCCACGCCCCUCCUCUCCUCGCGGCGUGGACGCUCCCGCGUGCGGCUCCGCCCCUGGGGUCCACGUGGUGGGCAGCGCUCCCCGGGGUCCUGUGUGGCUCGCCCGGAGUCGGGAUGGAGGGCGCCCCGGCCUGCGGCGCCGCGCGGUUCUCCUGCCCUCCCCACUUUACGGAGAUGUCCCCAGACUCGGAUCCCCCACGAUUCUCCUUGGAAGCUCUGACAGGUCCAGACACAGAGCUGUGGCUUAUCCGAGCCCCUGCAGACUUCGCCCCACAGUGCCUCAAUGGGCGGCGCGUGCCUCUCUCUGGCUCGAAGACUGUUAAGGGCAAACUGGACGGCAAGAAGCACCGGUACCGGGUGUUAACCAGCAGCCCCCAGGCCGGAGACGCCAGCAUGCUAGCAUUGUCAGUGGAGGCGGGAGGCAGACUCACAUGCGCCCCAGCCCCCUGUGGGAGCUUAAGGAUCAUGGAGGGUCCUCAAGAAUAUCUUAUCUCUCGGGUCCCCCUGCAGCCGAUCCCCACAAGCCUCCCACCUCGGAUCCCUGCUGGCCUGCGGCCUCGGUUCUCUGCCUUCGGAGGCAGCCUUCCAGUCACUGGGCCUGGGUCAGCCUUGCCUCUGAGGUCACCCACUUCAGGAAAGAGGAAAAAGAAAAAGGGCGCAGAGGCCUCAGCUGCCCAGGAGGUGGUAAAUGGGCAUGGGGCCAUGGAGGUGGACCCAGCCGGGGGUGACCUAGGAACGGAAGUGAGGAAGAAGAAGAAAAAGAAGCAUCGGGUAGAUGAGGUAGAGAUGAUGGAGGCCGAGGCGAUGGAGCCCUUGGCAGAGAUGGCAGAGUUGCCAUUCCCAUCUGCCACCAGCGGCAAAAAGAGGAAGAAGUUCAAGGCAGCAGAGACACUCCAGCUGGAAGAGGAUCCAGGGCACACAGAACCUGGGGCUCAAACAGAGCCUCCUGAGGGGACUGUCCUCUCCCCCACCAAAAAGAGAAAGAGGCAAAAGGAAGCUGAAAUGGACAGCACCAUUGUGGUCCCUCAGCUGCAGGAACCCCAGGAGGAGACCAUUCUGCCAACACCCACAAAGAGGCGGAGAAAAGAAAAGAGGCAGAAUUUGAUGAUGGAGCCAGAGAUGGGCCUCCCUGAAGUGAUCACGGAGCCUGACAUUUCAGAACAUGGGCUUCAAGCUGAGGUAGCUCCUGUGUCCCCCAAGAAGACAAAGAAGAAGAAAAAGGAAAAGUGGCUGGAUCAGGCACUGCCCUUGGGGGCAGAGGUGACAGAAGCUAUACUUCCGGCCAACCCUGAGCCCCAGGUGACUCCAGCACCCAGCAAGAAAAAGAAAGAGAAAGGACAGAAGGAAACAGAGUCAAGGUCCGAGGUGACUGACCUAAUAGAUUCUGAGGAACCUGAGGCCAGGGCAGGUCAAGGAUCCACCAAGAAGAAGAUGGAUCAGUAAAGUGGAGUGCAAGACACCGUUCCCCACUGGGAGAUGUCUCCCACAGGACAGGAGAAGAAGCAAAAGAGGAAGCUUCAGCAGGAGCCCUAGUCACGCUGUGGGGAAACCAAGGAACUGGCAGGCUGAGGUGAGCCCAGGAAGGUUGUCAGAAAUCAAUGGCAGAGACAAUCCCUACCCCAAAGCCGACACAGGAGCCUGGGCAUGGAAUGCUUUAUUGUGAUGCUGGGCCUUCAUGGCAGCGGGUCAAUGCGGAGCUCUGAGGAAGGGUUCAUGGAGGACAUCGAAGAGCCUGCGGGCCUGGGGGCAUGGGGAGAAGAGCUGGUCAUUAAAGGCGCUGUUUGCCUGCUCCGCUUGGAA